AUGGCAAUUUCGCUUCUGCAGGACGCCCAGACGCGAAGUUUAGCCGCAGCUCUAGCUGGUAUAAAGCGCGACGAAAUAGAUACACAUAAUGUCCUCUCCAUGUCACCACCAAUGUCUGCGAAUACAUCCGCUAACAGUCUCUAUCCCGGUUUACAGCACACCGCUGCCGCCAGCGCCUUCGGCAUGCUGUCACCUUCACAAUUACUUGCCGCAAAUCGUCAGGCAGCUGCUGCACUUAUGGCCUCCCAGCUAUUCCCCCAACAUCCAUCAAUUUUUGGUCAAAUGUGGCCUAGUGCAAUUCCUCAUAUUCCAUUGAAUACUGGACCACAUUCGCCACCAGCGAGCCCACAUUCGCCAACAACACCAACAACGACUCCCUCCAAUAGCAAUAAGCAAUGCCACAGUAUAAUCUCGCCAACUGGCUCUGGGCAUAGUGAUCUCCCUGCCAAAAAACCUCGCAAAAUUACCGUCAAGAAAGAUUUGAUUUCGCCGCCAAUGGUAAUGUCGAUGAACGUCAACGACUUAUAUAGUCCAGCUGGCCCCAUCUCGCCGCCAUCAUCCGGCUCCUCACCAAAUUCGGCACAUGACGGCCCAAGCCGUACUGAUGCUGCCAUGUCUGCAUCGGCAACAAAAGAUCCCUCUCGCGAUAAGAGUUUCACGUGCAAAAUAUGUUCACGCUCUUUUGGCUACAAACAUGUGUUACAGAACCACGAGCGCACGCACACUGGGGAAAAGCCUUUUGAGUGCCCUGAAUGUCACAAGCGAUUCACACGUGACCACCACCUGAAAACUCAUAUGCGCUUGCAUACCGGUGAGAAACCCUAUCAUUGUUCACACUGCGACCGCCAAUUUGUUCAAGUGGCAAACCUCCGCCGCCAUCUGCGAGUCCACACUGGUGAACGACCGUAUGUUUGUGAAAUCUGUGACGGCAAAUUUAGUGACUCCAACCAGCUGAAAUCGCACAUGUUAAUGCACAAUGGCGAGAAGCCAUUUGAAUGCCCUGAAUGCCAUAUAAAAUUCCGGCGACGGCAUCACCUACUAAAUCAUAAAUGUGGACAGAACACCAUUUCUGGUCUUCAUUCUCCGCCAACCUCUCCUGAUGCAGCAUUCAGCCCCAGUGGUAUUCGUGGAGAUUACGCGCUAUGUGAUCAGAAAUCUGCAUUGGGUUCUAGCUAUGGUUCGGAGGAGUCCAUUGAUAUCAGCCAACCAAUUAAUACCUCAGUCUCGACCUUUGAACUCUCGGAGCAUCAUCACAACAAUCAACUCCAUUCCACCAUGUCGUCCGUCGAUGCUUCAUUAAGUAUCGCUGAAGCGUCUCCCGAUGAUGACGAUGAGGAAGACAUACCACUUGAUCUCUCUGAAAGCGAUAUAAGUAUUGACGCUGGACGGAACAGCACUAAGAGAGCGCACAACUUUCGCCGUGCUUUCCAGCCAAUACAAGUCUUGCCGAUGCAUAGCGAAAUCCCCGAACAAACUGAACCGGAAGAUCUAAGCAUGCAUCGAAGCAACGCCACCGCUGCUAUAGCCACUGCAUUUAACGCUGCCCACUCCCAAGAGUCAAUGAUUAUGUUGCACGAUAAUCUCGAUUUCGAUGAAUUGGAAGGAGCGGCGACGAUUUACAUACGCCAGCAACAACAUCUUUUGUCGGCGUCGAGACACUCCACACAUAUAGAAUAG